AUAGGAAAUUUGACGAUAGCUGGAAAUUCCAUUGGUAACGUAAACUUCUCAUUAGAGUUCACAUCUGUGCUAAAUGAAAAUAAACAUGACGACAGACAGCUCAACCUGUUACAACAAUACUGAUGUUAAGCAUUACUAUACAAUAACAUACACUUUGAUUCUGGUCCCUGGAUUAAUAGGGAAUGUUUUAGCUCUGUGGGUCUUUUAUGGCUACAUGAAAGAAACCAAGAGGGCUGUGAUAUUUAUGAUCAAUCUAGCCAUUGCUGACUUAGCACAAGUUUUAUCCCUUCCUCUAAGGAUUUUCUACUACUUGUCUGGAACAUGGCACUUUGGAGAAGGUCUCUGUAUAUUUUGUUUCUACCUUAAGUAUGUAAAUAUGUAUGCAAGCAUCUACUUCUUGGUUUGCAUCAGUGUAAGACGAUUUUUGUUUCUUAUGUACCCCUUCAAGUUCAGUGACUGCAAACGUAUAUAUGAUGUGUACAUCAGUAUCGCUGGGUGGAUUGUAGUCUGCAUUGGCUGUUUGCCUUUUCCUCUUCUAAGAUUUAACUCUAGUAAGAUGAAUACCAAUACGUGCUUUGCAGAUCUUCCCAUAAAGGAAAUUAACCUUUCCAACUCCAUUGUGAUGAUGACCAUAGGUGAGCUGAUUGGGUUUGUAACUCCUCUGCUGAUAAUUCUGUAUUGCUCAUGGAAGACUAUCCUAUCAUUAAAAGAAAAGAAUUCCAUUUCCCAUGACUUUGGAGAGAAAAAAAAGGCUUUAAAGAUGAUCCUCACCUGUGCUGUGGUAUUUCUGAUUUGCUUUGCACCUUAUCAUAUCAGUUUUCCUUUAGAUUUCCUUGUUAAAUCAAGACGGAUAGAAAACCAAUGUGCCCGAAAUGUGAUUUCAAUAUUUCAUGCAGUGGCUUUGUGUCUUGCCAGUUUGAAUUCCUGUGUAGACCCAGUUAUAUACUACUUCACUACAGAUGAGUUCAGAAGACGACUUUCAAGACAAGAUUUGCAAGACAGUAUUCAGUUACACAACAGAGGUUAUGCGAAAAAACAUUCCAGAACUGUGUAAUAAGGUGAAGUGGUGGAAUAUUUUAAUAUUGCACUUUCUGAAAUGAUUAAAAGGAUGUUCAACAUCAUAUUCAUGUGGCCCAGCAUAUUGGGGAAAAUUCUGAAAUCCUUUCUCAGGCAAACAUCUGUUGAUUUCAAUGAGCGUUGGACUGAUUAAAAAACUGACAAAGGACUUGUGGAUUUGACCUUUUUCUUGCAAUCUUUUUGUGAAUAUUGAAUUUAAACAACAUGUUAUGUAUAUUAUAAAAAAGAAUUGAUAUAGUGCC